AUGGCAGACGUUAAGCAGGGCGAGAAUCUGAAACUGGGCUAUAACCAGACAACUAGGCCUCCAUACGAGUUCUCCCAUACCAUGAUCAUGACUGGGGAAGGUAAUGAAAAGAUGCGUUACAUAGUUCCUGAAGAAGCUCAUAAUGAAGGGACGAGAGAAUUCACCAGCAAAUGGUACCUUACUUUUCAAAAUACCUCACGCCACCAAUUUCAAGACUGGAUAAAUUGUAUUCGAAUGAGGGAUGUGGGUGGACCUAUUGCCCAUACAAUAGCCCAUUACUAUGCCACUGGAGCUUACGAAACGAUCGCCACGGUGACGUAUGAUUAUACAAGUAUGGCGAAAACAGAGUACCGGCGAGGCAUCGAGAUAUACAUGGUAUCCAAAAAUUAUAAGCUUACGGGGCUUCAAGAGCUUGCAAAGGGGCACAUGACGGAUAUUGCGACGCAGAUGCCCAUAUCUGAGAUAUUCAAUGUUCUCGGAGAUGUCAACUGGGAGAAAUUCAAAGUCCACUCUUCCGAUGAUGCACACCCUGAUAAAUGGAUGUCAGAGGUCCAUUUUCGGGAACGCGUCAAAGCCGCAUGUGAAAGUGAGUAUGACCAGCUGGAUGGAGAUUUCCGAGACUUUUCGCAACUCAAUCGGACACUGCACGGAAGAUUCGUUCAAGAGGUUGUGGACAUAUUACGCGAGGUAUACCUCCAAAAGUCCUAUGAGCUAGUCAGAGACCUGGCUGCCCUGAAGAAGAGUAUCAAAAUGAAGCACCAAUCUACUCCCACCCCCGAACAGGGAAAGGAAGAGGUACAGGAGUGCUCCCCAGAUGAUGAAAUGGAGGAGAUAGAAGAUGAUGGAGAUGAAAGGAGUAGUGAAGAUGGAAGUGUGACCCCUGAAAGAGCCACAGACAGGCAUCUGGAGUCGUCUUUUGACAAUACAAGUACAUUCCUGUUUUACCCGAUUCGGCCUUCUGAUUAA